AGGGGAGGAGGGAGGAAGGGGUCCCUGAAGAGAUCCGUAAGUGAGGCCGAUUCGACGAAUUCGGGGUCCAGUCAUGCGAGGAGCCCAGGUAUAAAACAGCUGAUCGGCACCGCUGUCAGCAUCAGUAGUCUAACUUCUCUCAAACAUGAAGGUCCUGGCUCUACUCCUCAUCGCUGUAGCUUGCGCUUUGGCGGACGAUACGUACACGACCAAGUUCGACAAUAUCGACAUAGACGCUAUUCUGAAGAGCGACCGCCUGCUCAAGAACUACGUAAAUUGCCUGCUGGAUAAGGGAAACUGCACGCCCGAUGGCAAGGAACUCAAAGAGCACCUUCCGGACGCAUUGGAGACCGAGUGCAGCAAAUGCAGCGAGAAGCAGAAGACCGGUACCGACAAGGUCAUCCGGUUUCUAGUGAAUAAGAAACCAGAAACAUGGGAGCAACUUAAGAAGAAGUACGAUCCUAAUGGUGAAUACACUAAACGGUACGAGGAUGAGGCUCAGAAACGCAACCUAAAACUGUGAAUAAUUUAGAUUUUUUUUAUCUCGUCGAGAUAGAACGUCGAGAAAUCUGUCUUCUUUAUUUUUUUAUAUCGCGCGAAUUAAGUAAAUCCAUCAGUUUUCCACAAUUGUUGCCACAACUCUAUUUAAUUUCCUCAACGAAAUAUCAGAAACUAUAAAGAGAGGAAUUUUGCGUUUCAAAAUGUUAUCGUUAAUAUAAUAAACGAAUCUUUUUAAGAGGAAAU